AUGGGAACGGCGGCGGACGCGGAGUGGCUGCGCUGGGCGAGCAAAAAAUUCGGGAAUGUCGCUGGGAAGGAGAAGGAAAUCAGCCUGGAAGAGUUCAAAUCCGCCCUGCAGGUCAAGGAGUCCUUCUUUGCUGAGAGGUUUUUCGCGCUCUUCGAUUCCGACGGGAGCGGCUCCCUGAGCCGGGAGGAGCUGCUGGGAUCCCUGCGCCGGCUGCUCCACGGGAAUUCCACGGAAAAGCUCCGCUUCCUCUUCCAGGUGUACGAUGUGGACGGGAGCGGCUCCAUCGACGCCGAGGAGCUGCGGGUGGUGCUCCGGGGGUGUCUCCGGGAGAGCUCCCUGGCCCUUCCCGAGGAGCGGCUCGGGGCCCUGAGCCAGGCCCUGCUCCAGGCCCUCGACCGGGAUCACAGCGGCUCCAUCACCUUCCCGGAGCUCCAGGAGCAGCUGGAAGCGUUUCCGGAACUCCUGGAGAACCUGAGCAUCAGUGCCGCCAGCUGGCUGAAGCCCCCCAGUGCCAGUCCCUCUGAGCCCUGGCUGUGCUGCUGUUCCCGGGAAUCCCGCGGGGACCGGCGGGCCCGGCGGUGCUGCCUGGGGGCCUGGCUCGCCACCACGGCGCUCCUGCUCGCCCUGGGCGCUCUGUGGCACCGGGAGCGCGGCCCCGCCCUGGCGCUGGCCCGGGGCUGCGGGCAGAGCCUCAACCUCAACUGCGCCCUGCUGGCCGCGCUGAUGCUGCGGCGCUCUCUGACCUGGCUGCGCUCCACGCCGCUGGCGGAGCUGUUCCCGCUGGAGCUGCACGUGCGGGGCCACGAGCGCGUGGGACACCUGGUGCUGGCCCUGGGGACCGCGCACGCGGGGGCACACCUGGCACAGGCGGGGCGCCUGGCACAGCGGGACUGGCUGGUGGCGCUGGGCGAGUACGCGCGGCGGGCGCGGCCGGGCGCUGGCGGCGUUGGUGGCACUGCCCCGCAGACCGGGCUGGCACUGCUGGCGCUGCUCCUGGCCAUGCUGGCCUGCUCCAGCCCCUGCGUGCGGCGCGGCGGCCACUUCGAGGUUUUCUACUGGAGCCACCUCUCCUACAUCCCCGUGUGGAUCCUGCUGCUCCUGCACGGUCCCCACUUCUGGAAGUGGUUCCUGAUUCCCGGCUCCCUGUUUGUGCUGGAGAAGGUUCUGGGCUGGGCGUGGCGCCGGGCGGGGGAUCUGCACAUCCUGGAGGCCAAGCUGCUGCCCUCCAAGGUGACCCACCUGGUGAUCCAGAGGCCAAAAUCCUUCCGCUUCCAGCCGGGGGAUUACGUCUACCUGAACAUCCCGGCCAUCGCCGCCUACGAGUGGCAUCCCUUCUCCAUCAGCAGUGCUCCGGAGCAGCCAGAAACCCUGUGGCUGCACAUCCGGGCGCGGGGCCAAUGGACCACCAAGCUCUACGAGUACUUCCAGCAGCUGGAAUUGCACGGCCCGGAGCCAAACCUGCCCAGGAAAAGCUGGAGGGAGCGGAGGAGCCGGCACUGGAAACAGGAAGGAUCCGUGGCCUUCAGCAGGGACGGAGCUGUGGAGCUGACGGCAUUCCAAGCCUCUGGAGCCACUUUCCCAGGAAAGGACCCAGAGCAGGGGGUGAGCACUGCCCCAACCCCAGGGGACAGGGACUGGAUCCCAAAUUGGAUAAAGCUCCUUAAAAAGCUCCUCUUCAGAAAGAAAUUCCUUGGAUAUUAUUGUGGCAUUGGCAGCUGGAAUUGUGUGUGCAGCCCAGUGGGAAAACACCCAAAUCCAGGGAAUUUUGGGAGUGCUUGGGAAGGGGGGGUGGUCACUGCUCCCCUCUCCUGCAGGGCGCUGGGCGGGGAGACCCAGCGGAGCUGCAGCGUCAAGUGCUUCCUGGACGGUCCCUACGGAACCCCGAGCCGGCGGAUCUUCACCUCGGAGCACGCCGUUCUCAUCGCAGCCGGCAUCGGGAUCACCCCCUUCGCCUCCAUCCUGCAGAGCAUCAUGUUCCGGUACCGGCGGCGGAAGCAGAGCUGCCCCAGCUGCCAUUUCUCCUGGAGCGAGGAACAGCGGGAUGAGGAGAUGACGCUCCGGAAGGUGGAUUUCAUCUGGAUCACACGGGACCAGCAGCACCUGCAGUGGUUCCUGGGCCUCCUGGCCAAGCUGGAGACGGAGCAGGCGGAGCUGGAGCCGGGAGGGAAGUUCCUGGAGCUGCAGCUGUACAUGACCUCGGCGCUGGGCAAGGGCGACGUGAAGGCGCUGGGGCUGCAGCUGGCCCUGGACCUGCUGGCGGCCCGGGAACAGCGGGAUUCCAUCUCCGGGCUCCGCAGCCGCACCCGGCCCGGCCGCCCCGACUGGGACAAGGUGUUCGGGAAGGUGGCGGCGGAGCGGCGCGGGAAGGUCCGGGUGUUCUUCUGCGGCUCCACGGGGCUGGCCAAGGUCAUCCGCCGGCACUGCCGGAGCUUCGGCUUCCGCUUCUCCAAGGAGAACUUCUGAGCGGGGCCGAUCCCGCGGCAUUCCAGCCGGGAUCCGCUGGGGCUGCCAGCGGGGGAUGGGGCC